AUGUCAAUCACCGAUAGUAAAAUGAAAAUUGAAACCUUGGCUUGGAUAACUGNCGAUGAGGUUCGUUUUGUUAAAUUGAGAGAUUUAUCUGGUAUAACAUUAUCAUGGUUAGAUAUGGAUGAUAUUUAUGGUAUAUGUGGAAAAGGUUUUUAUCCAUUAUUAAAUACAAUUGCUUAUGAUUUAAAUUUCAAUAUUAAUAAACAAUCUUUUGGACAGAAUAUUGAUUCAUUAAGUGAUUUAAAAGAAAAAUCUUCUAAAAAAGUUUUAUUUUGUUCUGUAAGUUCAAAUGCUGAAACAUAUUAUGGUUCAAGACGUUUUACAUUGAAUAAAAUAAAAUUAGAUCUUUGUAUUUAUUUAUUAAUUGAUUAUAAUAAUUCUCUUUUUUUUAAUAUUAAUUUAAAAAUAUUUUCAAAUGAUAUUAUCGAAAAAGUUAGGAUAAUAAGAUCAAAAUUACCGAAUAAAUGUCUAUUAACAAUAUCAUUUCAAAUUCAACCUAAUAAAUAUUUCAAUUUAAUUCAAUUAAAUAAUCUAGUUGAUUAUAUUAUUGUUCUUCCAUUUGAUGAAAAAUCAACAGAAAAUUUUCAACAAAUAAAACCAUGGAAUGGUCUUUAUUAUAUUAAUCAAGACAAUUUACAAUAUAAUUUAACACAUUUUUCCAUGAAUUCAAUUCUUGCUCAAAGUCUUUCAUAUGGUAUAUCAAAAGAUAAAUUAAUUAUGAGUAUUCCAACAUAUGGUUUAUCAUUUUUAUUAGAAAAUAAUAUAAAUUAUAAUAUUAAUGAUCGAAUAUUAGGGCAAGGUUUUCCAGGGCGUAUUACACAUAGAAAAGGAAUACUUGCUGCUUAUGAAAUUUGUGAUUUAAUUAAACAAGAAAAUUAUAGAAGAUUUUUCGAUAAUAAAACUUUUUUAGUUCUCGCACAUAAGAAAAAUAGUUUAAUCAUCUAUGAUGAUAUACAAACAUUGAAAUUAAAAAAUGAUAUUUUUAUUAAUGGAACAGUUGAAUAUAAAUCGAAUUUUAUUAUUAAUUCUCAAAUAGCUGGUGUACUUGUUCAUUAUAUUGAUAUGGAUGAUUAUAUCGGUUUAUCAUGUAAUCGUGGUGCAUAUCCAAUAACUUCAGUUGUAUCUCGAAUAUUUUCACAAUCGAAAUCAUCUUUAGAAACAAAAAUGUUGAA